AAUUGAAUUUAAUACAAUUCAAAUCAAUACAUAUCAUUUCCCAUCUCAUACUACUAUUCUAACACCUAGAAAUGGCUAAUCUACACAACACCGAUGAAUCUGAAGUCUGAAAACCCUAGAAUUUGCCUCAGCAGUCGAGAGAGAGAGAUUUGUUCGUUUGUUUCACUUUCUGUUCCAGAAAGAAAGAUAUAAAGCCAAAUGGGUGGCUGGCAUUUAUACAUUGGGAAUCCAAGUUACGAAACGGGAACGUUUACACAAUUUAAACACUUGCACGGCGUCGUAUUAGUCCUCCACAUAGAAAGUACAAAACAGUUUUAGAAUUUCCCAUCAACUACUACGAUUCCGAUUUUGCUUUGGCUCUGUUUUGCAAUGGGUUCAUCAGAAUCAACCCUUUUAAGCUCAAAGGGGGCGGUUGAUGAGAUCACCACUGUCUCUGAGCGAUUCCAAGGCGCAGAUCCCAUCCUAGAGAGGCUCAGAUCCCUCAAAAUUGCAACUCCCAUACUGACGGCAUUGCCAACCGAGACUAGCUUGACAGAUAUGCUAGUGAGGAAACCUUCAUCCUCUUCUGCUGCUUCCGGUACAGUAAAUCCAAAAGUACUGCUGGAGCUCUUCUCAGUGCACCGUGAUUGGCAGGAGGCAAAGGCCCAGAAGAUUAGUAAGAAACAGGAAGAAAUAGAAAACAAGAUAGAAGUUGCAGAUGCUUUGGUGGUUAAACUUCUUCAACGUCUUAAUUAUUCAGUCUCGACAAUGAAGGCUUCUUCACAUCAUCUAUCAGAAGUUCAUGCAUUGAAAGUUGAACUUGGGGAGCUGAAGGGAAGGUUGACUGAGGUGAUUAGUAACUGUGAUGCAUUAUGCAGGAGAAUCAACUCAGAGGGACCAGAAUCACUCAGAUCAUCUGUCAAGCCAUUUUCAUCAGUGACCCCUACUGACUUAGAAACCAGCUCUAGUUUGCCUCAUCUACCAUUGAAGCCAAGUUAAGACUAAUGUGCACACUUUUUCUUUUGGGCCAAGCUUCUCUCCGGUCUAAACUGAUUCUUUAAUAUCAUUAUCACAUUUGUCUUCAAAAAACUAGAUGAUGAGUAUGAUUUUGAAAAUGGAUGGUUCAUUUUCGAAUACAAAUAUGAUGAAAUCAGGUGGGAGUCAAUUCCAUCAACAUGGGCAUGUCAUCAAAAUGAGACCUGUGGUAAGUCCACAAUUUUGAACUGCACAGAGAAUUCAUCUCCCUUUUUUUUUCCCUCUCCCAUGUAAAUUUUUCCAAGAAUUGACAAUCAUAAUUGUGAAAAUUGAGAUUACAGAUCCUGGCUGGCUAGUGCAGUUUGUUUCUUCAUGCA